AAGAAGAGCUUUUCCUCCAAUCACAGGCCGUGUCGCACACUCGAUACGCAUGCGCAGUAGAGCUCCUGUUUCAUGUGUAGUUCGACUCCGGUGGAGGUCACACGCAUCAGCUAAAAUCACAGGUUGCUGUCAUGGCCAAGCUGUUUGAGAGUAUUGGGAAAUUGGGGUUGGCCUUGGCCAUUGGAGGAGGCGUUGUGAACUCUGCCUUGUAUAAUGUUGACGCCGGGCACAGAGCUGUUAUUUUUGACAGAUUCAGAGGGGUACAAGACUCAGUAGUUGGUGAAGGAACCCACUUCGUCAUCCCUUGGGUUCAGAAGCCAAUCAUCUUUGACUGUCGUUCACGUCCACGCAAUGUGCCUGUCAUCACUGGCAGCAAAGAUCUGCAAAAUGUAAACAUCACACUCCGAAUCCUCUUCCGGCCGGUGACCAAUCAACUCCCACGCAUCUACACGAGCAUCGGAGAAGACUACGACGAGAGGGUACUGCCCUCUAUCACCACAGAGGUCUUAAAAGCCGUAGUGGCCCGGUUUGAUGCUGGCGAGCUCAUUACCCAGAGAGAGUUGGUCUCUCGGCAAGUCAGUGAGGACCUGACAGAAAGAGCAUCUACAUUCGGGCUCAUAUUGGACGAUGUCUCAUUGACACAUCUUACUUUCGGAAAGGAGUUUACUGAGGCUGUUGAAAUGAAGCAGGUGGCGCAGCAAGAGGCUGAAAGGGCUAGAUUUGUAGUAGAAAAGGCUGAGCAACAGAAGCAGGCCUCUAUCAUCUCUGCAGAGGGAGAUUCUCAGGCUGCCUUGCUCAUUGCUAACUCCCUGAUGGAGGCUGGCGAUGGUUUGGUUGAGCUGCGUAAACUUGAGGCGGCAGAAGACAUCGCCUUCCAACUGUCCCGCUCCCGAAAUGUUACCUACUUACCUUCGGGACAAGGCACACUACUUCAACUCCCCCAAUGAUAACUUCAUCUCCUGCUAGUGUUGAUUUUGGCCAUUGACUUUCCAAACUCCACACACCCCUCGCACUCUCUCUACACCAGAUUUUGGACUAUGCCCCUUUUAAAUGCAGCAUCACUGGAGAGAGUGAGAGGAGUACUGCGGUGGUCUUGUUUGAGGAAUAGAAGAGGAAUAUGCUAUGUAUGUCCAUAUGUAAUACUUCAUGGUAAACUCCAGAGUCAAAAUAAUUAAAUAAUGAGAAUUCUGACUCUUAAAAUGGCAUGUCAUUGCUAUUGGUCAUGUUUUACUCCAGUUUAAUCAAACUGUUCAAUGUUUGUGCUUUAAAUUUGGAUCACUCUUUAAAAAAAUAACUCAUUCAAAAACCUACUUCAGUUUCCAGGCUCUUAAAAAUGAUCUAGACUUACCAUACAGAUUGAAGGCUUUUUCUCUUUUUAUUAAUAUUCACAUAUCUCAAAUAAAAUGUGUUUCUACAUGUCCCA